AUGACCGAAACUCAAAUUGAAGUCGUGACUAAUAAGCAGCACGAAGUUUUUAAUUUACUUGAACUUCCUGAUCCAAAAAGCCAAUUAAUAAGGAAAGAAUGUUUGAAUAUUAAAAGAGAUGCAAGCUUCGAAAACCUUACAUCAGAUUUUGCAAAACUUACCGAUCUUAUUCGUCUUGCAGAAAAUGGAGCCUAUGAUCAUUGUGAAAUUCAAAUUCAGAUACGUGAUAUCGGUAGAAUUAUUACCCAAUUGGCCGGGGACACCUCAGUGGCCAUUCUCGCAUUUGAAAAGACUUCAGAGGAGAUGGCGGAAACCUGGAAGAUAAUUUAUGAAUACCUGCUUUCUUCAUUUGAAGAUGAAGCUCUUAUAAUGCUUGGCAGCGUUAAAGAAUUAAACGAAAAUAUGCUUAAUAUUUCGGUAAAGUUGAAAGGUGAAACCAAACUUGCUGCCGAAAAAGUUAAGAACAUCUCUAAUGCAGCGAAUAAACAUAAACAGGAAGAUAUAAAUAACUGUAAAACAAAAGAAGCACUCUUAAGCGAAAAAGUAGCUGCUGAAAAAAGGCUUGGAAAUUUGGAAACAGAGAUAGAGGUGAUAACUAAAAACGUCGAGAAAGCUGAAAAAUCUGCCUAUAGAUGGGGAAUAGUUAAUAUGUUUGUCCCCUUUCCAAUAAAAAAAUAUCAAAAUGCCCAAGAACUUGCUGAUAGUGAACGUAAAGAAAAACAGCGAUUAAUCGAAGAACAUCGCAGCCAAAUCGCUGCACGUCGUGAAGCCAAUGAGAAAAUUGCCACUUUUAGUUUAAGCUUAUUAAAUUGCAAAACCCAAUCCGUUCUAGCAACGGAAGUUAUAAAGUCUUUGGACCACGCGUUUUCUGCCCUUAAUAAUAUUGAAGGAAUAAUUGAAGCCGCACGCAUAUAUUGGGAAAAAAUGUACACGCGCUCCAAACAAUUUUCGAACCAGAAUAUUGAUCGAAUAAUUAAAAAUGGAGUUAAAAAAGAUAAUGAAAGCAAACAAAACUUGUAUAGGAGUCCUACAUUCAAGCGUCAAACCGUCAAAGAAUAUGCCAAGUGUAUUGCGUUGAAAGAGACAUGUCUUGAAUACAAGAAACUGAUGGAGAAAAAUCAUAUUAAUUUGAUAAAAUAUUUGAAAGAACACUCCAGUCGUGAGCAGAGUAUCUCCAUAGUUAAGAAUCUCUCUGAGAAGCUAUUUAAGGAAACCGAAAUCACAAAAGAAAAUUUGAGGCGUGAGGAGGAGGAACUAAAUGAACAAGAAGCAAAUUUGGAUUAUGACAUUCAAGCAAACAUAGAAAACACGGAAUUGAAUUAA